UGUGACGGAAUGACUUUUGGUACACCGACGCGCGUCCAGCUGCAGUAUCAUCUCCGUUAAUACGACUUUGAUACCGUGAACAAUGGAUAAGAAAAAAAUGGCUUCGACGUUGGCGUUAUUGGCGGCGUUGUACGUGUGCGUAGUAUCCGGAGCAACAAACAAUUGCACCAGGACAUUCAAUGUGGUGGCACCUAAAGUGGCCGUCCCUGGUCAAAGAACCGCGGUAUUAGUAAGCUGGAAUCCAGCGUGCAGUCCAAAAGACGUGACUUUACGGCUCUUGCGUCAGAUACCGGUGACUGAACAGCAGCGAGCGGCUGACGACGAUGUACUAUCGCAUAACACUGUCACCAUACAUGGUGACGGAAUCAUUCCACUGACAGUACCCACACAGACGCCGGACACGUGUUACCUGCAAACGCUAACUGACUGCGUGAAUGGUACGACAAAUUGCACACUUCAGACCACAUCACGAUUGCGGUUGGUAGGAUCGGUGCGUGACGUAGUCGUGCAGACUUCCAGCAAGUUUUACAAGCCCGGCGAGACCAUUGAAUUUUGGCUUCUACCAUUGGACCAUUACCUUCGAAUCGCUGAAGAUGUCACUAUGGACGUUUACAUCAAAAAUCCUAAAGGCACACGUGUCGCACUUUGGGAUGACGUUCCAUCGACUCGCAACACUCCGUUCAGCUUCAUGUUAUCUGAACUGGCUGUCGUUGGAGAAUGGACUGUUGAGGUGGCCUCUGAAGGGGUGACAUUCAAAACGGCAGUGAACGUGAGUAAUGCAAGAGGAGCAACUGAUCCACCAAAACGAGAACAGACGAUAACCGAAGAACAUUUCGUAGAGUUACGAUUUGGACAUGAAAUGAGACACAAAUACAAACCUGGAUUACCUUUCCUCGGAAAAGUAGAAGCUAUGAGUUCAGAAAAGAAUCUUCGAGUUCGUGUAAAGGUAUUUGACAACUCCACUACAAUAUAUAGCCAAGACGUUGAAAUAAUUCAAGGCGAAGGAACAUUCGUUGUUCCAGCUAUAUUAUCUGACAAUGAAAUAAUUGUACUUCAAGCUGAAUUAGUAUCCGUUGAAGGUAAAGAAAUCGAAGGACACUACGUAUUAGCUAAAGAGUUUAUACAAAAAUGGAACUCAACAUCAGAUUGUUACUUAUUAGUCGAAGGAGUAGAACAUACUUUAACGGCUAACGAAGAAGCAGAAGUGGUUGUACUAUCAUCGUGUCCAUGCAACCGAUACGUUAACUAUGUUGUGACCACCGAGGGGCACGUAGCUAUUUGGCAAAAAUAUAAGCCAGUGGUCCACAUGACAAAAAUUAUGGACCAAGUGGACAUUUGUCGAUUCAAUUUAACAUUCAGCGUAGAUCCUGUGAUGGCACCCACAAGUCAUUUAUUGGUUUACUAUACAACCGAAAAAGGAGAAACAAUAAAUGAUGUAAUAAGUUUCAACGUCAAACAAACUGACCCAAAGGUAAAAAUUAGUUUGAAGGAUAAUAAAAGUAAUUUUUAUCCGGAAGAAUUGAUGGAACUGAAUUUAAUGGCCGAAGAAAAUUCAUUGGUAUGUUUAAUUGGAGGCAGAGGGACAGAAAACACAUCUCCGUUAAGGAAUAUGGACGAUGACACUGACCUUCUUGAAUCCGGAUUAUUAUUCCUUGAAAAACGAUUAGAUGGAAAAGUGACGACUUCCAGACAAAGCGAUCUUUAUCCAAGACAUCAUAGCUUUUUGGAUACAUUUUCGAUGGAUCAACUCUGGACAUGGAAAUGUGUAAACUUUACGAGCGAUGUCAUGAAAAAAGGUAUGAGCAUUCAUGCACCAUCCAAAGCCGGACAUUGGAAAUUGCGCAUGUUAACUAUUGGUAGCAGUGGACUUAAAAUCACAGACACAUUAGAUGUCAAAGUCACUAGCACUUUGGAAGUGGACGUUCGUACGCCAGUUGAGUUAAACGUCGGCGAAACCGUCCAGACAGAUAUUUACGUCGCUAACAAUGUCAAUUCUUGCAUGGACGUAAAUGCGCUCUUGUCGUUGAGUGAAGGAGCUGUAUUUAGCAGUUCCAAUCAACCGUUUGUCGCAGAAAAAAUGAGAUUAGGUGCUUACGGUGCCACAUCGUUAAUCGUUAGAAUUACAGCAUUGAAAGAAGGAUUAAAAAAUCUUACUGUGGAUAUUUCGGGUUACGUGAGCGAAAAAUGUCACUUAAUUAACGAUAAUAAGAAAUCAGAAGAUCCUGAAUUGAGCAAUUCAACCGCCAGUGUCGUCGUAAAGUCCGUACCAAUCUACGUACAUCCAGAAGGCAUUCAACAUCAAACCACCGACAACGCUUAUUUUUGUGCCAACGAGCAACUCAUUGUGUCAACGACAACGGAUUUCCGGUACCAACACAUAAAUGCACCUAAGAACCGAGACGGUAUUGUAUUCGAAAUACAAGCGAAAAAAAGUGCUCACAUCUUAUUGAGUCAAGAACGCAAACCGACAACGUUAAUGUACCAAAUUGUACUAGGUGACUUGGACAACACAAUUUCGUGGAUAGGUCGCGGAAAACACGGAAACGGAGUACAUUUAACAAGUCGUAACACUCCUGGGAUUCUAUCUGAAGAAGAACCGCGUACAUUUUGGAUCAGCUGGGAGAAAGGAGUAUUGGCAUUUGGUUAUGGUCAGGAAAUCCAUCAGUAUCCAUUACUAAAAUGGAAUAUGGAUAAAAAAAUAAAAAUAAAUCAUAUCGGUUUCGCCACUAUUCUUGGCACUACCGGGCAGUUUAGAGUAUGGAAUUACAACGACGAAGCCGGUUUCUCACAAGUACUACAUUUAGAAACACCCAACACGAUGAUAUCGGGAUCUGAAUCUGGUUCAUUGGUCGUAACCGGAGGUCUUAAUUUUCCAUUUUUCGUGCAGAAUGAGCCUAAAUUUUCCACAAGCUUGGUAUCGUUCCUUUCAACUUUCACUCCUCUUCUCAUGUCAGAGCACAACAAUAACGGCACUGAAGAAAAGUCAUUGGUAGAUUUAUUAUCGAAGAGCAUACCGGUACUUCUUUCAUACCAGAAUUCAGAUGGGUCGUUUGGAGAUCACCCAAAUGUACCAUGUUACUGGUGUGAUAUUCGCGUACUUGAAAUAUUAUGGAGAAGUCAAUCUCACAUUGGUGUAGAUUCAGAUCUAAUCAAAGGAUUAAAAACGUGGAUCCAAAAGCAAGUUUUUGAAGAUUUUUCAACUGUUGUUGGUCAAUCUGACAUAAAUGUAAAACAAAUAAUAUGCGCGGCUGACACUUUGGCCACUCUAAUGGAAUUGGGCAUAGAAUCGGAAAUUGAUUCGAAAAUUGCAAAUCACACCAAAUCAUAUCUUGAACAACAUUUAGAUAAUAUUGUCAAACCAUAUCCACUUGCUAUAACAACUUAUGCGCUAAUGAUUUCAAAUAGCUAUCUCACAAAAAAAGCACUAACAAAAUUACAAACUCUAUCGACAAACCAAGAAAGCGAAUUUGGAUGGCCUAAAGUACAUCCCACGUCCGAUUGGUAUGACGACGUAGUCCCACAAAAAAAAGGUGAAAACAUUUCGGUUGAAGAAUUCAAAGCUUCGUUGUAUUGUUUAAUGAUCUAUUCUGCAAAACGAGAAUUGAAAUCAUCCGAACCUAUAGUCCGUUAUUUAUACUAUAGAACUAAAAUCUUGGAUAUAUAUCCAGAGUUAGCGUAUCUAGCUGUAAAAGCAUUUGCUAUGUAUGAUAAAAUUGGAUCGGAUCCUCACCGGAAAUUAACAAUUUCCCUCGCUACUUCCGGUAUGGAAUUGACCGAUACGUUAGAACUUGACCCCAGUACAAAAUCUCAAUACUUACAUUUACCUUCUUUGCCAACAAAAGUUUUCGUUUAUGCUACCGGAGCUGGAUGCUCAACAAUACAAGGAAGAGUUUUAUAUUCUACUUAUACUACUGCAGAAAACGAUAAAAAACUGUUUGAUCUAUGGUCUGGAGUUACUGACGUUAUUCAACCAAGUAAAGGCUUUACAGAUGAAAUAUACGGACAUGCAAUAACAUUAAGAUUAAAAACAUGUUUUAGAAUGAAUAACGAGUCGGAAGAUGCAAUAAGAUUAGAAGUAAAACUCUUCUCGGGAUACUCCUUUGACAAAAUUUCAUCUGCUACCGUAUCAGAUGUCCAUCACGACUCGCAUUCAAAUCAUAUUUGGUUUGUGUUUGCUAAGGUAAAAAGUAAUUGUGUGAUUUGCGUAUCUUAUACGGCCAAAAGCAUCCAAAAAGUGACCGGUUUACGACCAGCGGUAGCAAAAGUGUACGCCGUAUCCAGACCAGAUCAGAGCUCUUACAAAUUAUUCCACGUAGACGAAGAACAGAAUCCGUUGGCUGAAGGUUUGACCGAUAUGCAAAUCGCAGACUGGAUAACUAACGAUUCCAACGACUUUCCGGUCGAUAACAACAACCCAUGCAAAUGCAAUAAUCACUGCGAACCAUCUACGACGGAGAAAACGAUCGUUGUGUCGACUACGUUGAGUACCCCUUAUCAAAGACCGUCAACUCAUGCUGUCACUUCUUCCACUACAAAAGAGUUGACAACAGAAGGAACACCAGCAGCGACUCGGUCAACAGAAGCGGAAGAAGUUCUUUCAAAACCAAGAAUCGCAACGAUCCCGACGAAAAUCAAACGAGCGCCUGUGAAGUCGACCGGCAAUGUGGUACGCAACAUGAAAAAACCCAACAAGAAAAACGAAAAAGAUAAGGACUCCAAUUCCAAACACAGGACAAGUGACAGCGGACCCGACUCAAGUGAUCGUGAACCCGUGCCAUCGAAAGAUACUAUCAAUACUGAUACUGGGGCAAUUACCAAAAUGGCCCAAAUGAAUACAAUGAGAAAUAGCAAGCCGUCGACCAUCGGAGGGUCGACAGCAAAACCAACGACAACGACAAAAGUCACAACGGCACGCGGAUCAAAUGUGACAACGGGAGGUACGACAGCGCGAGCAACCACUUACUCCGCGUCAACUAUAACUACUCCAACUCCGACGAAAUCUUCAUCCACCACCCCAAUGAUCUCAACUACUCUAGCAUCUAAAACAUCAACAAUUAGCAGCCCGACUACAACAGCUACUUCACAGCCGUCCAAGACCACAACUCCUUCCACCACUACCACCACUACCACCGCCACCACAACCACUGUCGCGACAUCCACAACUGUCAAGCCUGUGCAAGCAACUUCUUCUCCUACUACCAAGUCGUCGGUAUCGCCCACUACUUCCGUAUCCCCGGCAACUACAACCAAGCCACUGGCAACUGCAACGGUGACAACAGCCAGGUCAAUAACAACUUCAGCAGUGACGGCGGUAAAGCCUACUGUAACUACAGCCGCACCACCACCGGGAACCACGACCAUUGUGGCUAAAAUUCAAACAACAUCCAUGCCGGCUAAACUACUGGCCCCAUCUACCACACCGAUUGUCGAUCUGAUACUGGAAGCAAAUCGAAACAAAAAGAUCGCCAAUGACCAGAAGAAGAACGGUUCUAAUUAAUCGUAAAACUGAUUUUGGCCGCUGCUCGAAACUAAAAUAUUAAUUGCUCCAAAACGUAUUUUAUUAUAAUUAUUAUUAUUAUGACCCAUUAUCUACAGAUUAAAAGUACAGCAAUAAUAAUCUGUAAUGUACAUAAUUUAGGGCGCAUUACCGCUUUAGAUAUGGGAUUUUAUCAAAUAUUUAUUUACUUAGAUACAAGCAGAGUUGUUUUUUUUUUAGUUACACAAAGGCAUGAUAACACAACAUGAUAUUUACGUAUAUUGUACAAAUAAUUGUACCAUAGACCAUGUCGUCGUCCAAAUUGAUAUGGUUUUACUUAGGACAUUUUUAAGUGUUAUUAAAACAAUGAUAAUAAUACACAUAAUAACAUAAUAAGGUAUCGAAAUAAAAAAAAAACUUACUAAUAAUACAUCUUCAAGUAGACAAACAGUUUUUGACAUUGAGUGACAAUCAAUAGAUUUGAGUUUCAGAUGUUACCUUAAUAUUAUAAACAUUUAUGCCGUUCUAUUUUUAUUUUCACGACAAAAGUAUUAUUACAUUUCAUAAAAUGCUCAAAAUAAUAUGUAAUAUAUAAAAUAUAUAUUAUAUUAUAGAUAUAAUAUGCCAAGUUUUAGAGACACAUUUUGGUGCUUUUUGGCUAGUCAAUUCGUUUUUCUGUUCAAAAUAUAUCUUUUUGAUUAGUAUUUAUAACAAUCUAAACAAAGAUCUAAAUAAAUAAAAAUAGUUUAAUUAGAA